AUGCCCAGUGCGCCUCCGUCUUCCGUUUCGCGCCACUCUCACAGCAGUCGACGACAUCGCUCGAGUCGUUCGCAUCAUGGCGGUCUUGCUCAUCAGUCCCAGAAUGACUUCCCGGUCUUUACUCACACCGGCGAUGUCGAGAUCAUCAUUCGCGCAGGCUCCCAGGAGAAGCGAUACCUCCUUCAUCGGCUGAUCCUGGCGCAAUGUUCGGGGUUCUUUGAGGCCAGCACCCAGGAAGAAUGGUCGCGACAGCCGCCCUCUCGCCCGUCGAACCACGGUCCGCCCGACCUAGCCGUGUUGUCACGCAUCAGUGAGGAUAACUCGUCUCUAUCGAAUGGGUCGACUCUGGCACAGUCAGAGAAUGGAUUCGGUGGUCUUCCCCUUCCCCCGGAGAAGAAGCGAUGGCGAUACGAGCUGGACUGGGAUAGCAAAGCGGAGGACGAGGAGCCUAUGCUGGUUCAAAAGGUUGAUGACCUCGAAGAUCUCAAGGCCCGGGUCGACUACAAGGUCCUGUGUCUCACCCUGACCACCUCGCGCGGCGAGCGCGUCUCCCCGACAAACGCCUACCUCGACUGGCUGGCCGUGUCGCUCUUCCGCCAGUGGUUCGUCGACAGCACCACUCCGCCGCCACCCCCCAUCCUCAAAAACGGCGCCCCCACCAGCGCCACCGCCAACUCCCACCACCACAGCAGCAGCGCCGGCGGUAGCAGCGGCAAACCCGCCGACUCGCACUCUUCCCGAGCACCCCCGUCCAUGGCUGCACCCCUGUCCUCCGCGCAGGUCUACCGACUGAUCGGCUCAUCCUCGUUGCAGGCGUACCUGCCGCGCGAGGAGCUGAAACGUUUCCUGAAGGUGCAUCCAACGCCGUCGUCCGAGGCGCUGUACACGCGGGACGUGUUGAAGCGCUUCGAGCGCAAGAUGGACGAGAUCAAGCGGCUGGCCCGGGAGAUCGUCAAACCGCUCAUGCGCAACUUUCUUGAGCUCGAUUUGAAGAGCGGCGGCGGCGAUGUCGCGGGGGACACCGGGCUGCCGUAUCUCACUUGUAUCAAGGUGGAGGAUAUCGAUAUCCCGUGGAGUUGA